CUGAACUGAAGAUUCUUCGAGCAAAAAGAAAGGACAUAAUUAUCUCCCCUCUCUCCUGUCGUGAGUUCACCGUACCAAGGAAAGGGGAAUCCGCCUCGCUAUGGGACGUUCACUGUCUCAAAGGAAAUGGGUCCGCCGAUUAUGGAGGAAAUAUUGGCUCGGAGAAAGAAGAAGUUUACCUGGCUGCGGGCGGUGUCGCAAAGACCCUCCUCCUCUUCGCACCCUGGUGGAUUCAAGUUGCCGCGUCCUCCAGCAGGUGGCAUGGGGAGGACUAGGGCGGUGGGUGCUCAUGGAGACUCUGUCUGGAAGGAUACGCGUCGGCCAAAGCCUGGCCGCAUGGGGGAAAGGAUGUAACUACGCUCUCUAACAACAGGACCAACUCUUGCUACUGAAUCUCAGCCACGGGAGUUGUUGAAGAAUCCUAUGCUGGAGGCGGACAUGAUCGAUGCAGAUGGUGGCCAGUCGACCUCCCCAACAGCAAAACGCAUCAAGCGGGACAACAACAUAAUGGACACUACUUCAAGGGUGGAGGAAACCAGCCUCGACUGGUCCCACGUGAAUCCAUGAGUGUUCUAGCGUGAAAUUGUCGAGGUAUCCGCUCCUCCUUGACAAUUCCGACUCUAGGGUCGGUUUAGACCCCAUGUUGUCUUCCUCAGUGAAACCACACGUGAUGAGGAGUUUGUGCGAGGGAAGUUUGCAAGCUUGGGUUUUCAUAAUUGUAGGUGUCGUGAUUCUGUUAGAGGGAGAGGAUCUUUAGCGGUUGCUUGGUCAUCUAGCAUGGCCUGUACAGUUCACUUCCUUUCUGAUUUCCUUUGUAUCCUCGAAUGUACAGUUGUAGGUGUAGGGUAGGGUCCUUUGUUCUUAUGUUUGUGCAUUUGUCUUGCGAUGCUCCCAUUAGGCAGGGGCAACUUAAUGAAAUUCUCUCUUGGGUCUCAUCUUUCUCUCUUCCAAUAUUUUUUCAGGGUGAUUUUAACUUUCUCCUUGCCCUUUCUGAAAAACAUGGUGGUAAUCUUCCCACUAUGGCAGCCUUGGAUCAAUUAAAUUCAUUUGUGAAUGCAGCUGGGUAAGUUGAUAUUGGAUAUCAUGGAUCCCCCUUCACAUGGUCUAAUCGACGAUCAGUAUCGACACACAUCAUGGAGCGAUUGGAUCUGUGUUUGGGCAGUGAUCUUGUGCUAUCCUCAUGGCCGGAGCUAAAGGUAAUUCAUCUUACUGAUCUAGGUUCUGACCACCGAAUGUUAUUGUUGCAGCUCACCGCACAGAAUCAACCAACAAGAACUCAGUUCCACUAUGAUGGGAGAUGUGAUACAAAUCACGAGGCUUUGGAUAUCAUCAAGCAAGCUUGGGGUAAAGUUACACAUGGUACUCUGCAAUUUCGAUCUUUCACUCAUCUCAAGUUUGUCCGUCAUGACUUGGUAGAGUGGGAUCGACUGGGUACAUCAAAUUAUGCACGUGCUAUCCGAGAGUGCCGGCAUGCUAUCGAAACAGAUAGGGAGGCCGACAUGGUAGAUUGGGAACAAAUUAAAGAGUUGGAAUUACAGUUGACAGAGGCUUACAAACAAUAAGAAGUUUUUUGAAAACAAAAGUCCAGAGUUGGUUGGCUUCAAAAAGGGGACUCAAACACUCGGUUGUUCCACCUAGCCACUCUUCAUCGUCGGCGGAAUAAUCGGAUUGAAGGGCUACGUGAUGAUGCUGGUGUUCUUCACUACACGAUGGACGUGAUGGCAGGUAUUGCAGUACCAUAUUUCCAGCUAAUGUUUACUUCUAAUCAUAUAGAUCCUAUCCAGUUUGUGCAAGGUCUCAGGUUGCCCCGGAAAGUGACUGCAACCAUGAUUACGUAUCUGACGGCCCCGAUCUCCAAUGAUGAAAUUCGACGAGGGUGUUUAGCAUCGGGCGCUACCAAGCUCCAGGGUCUGAUGGCUUCUUUGCAGGAUUCUUCCAAACCCAUUGGGGAAUCAUUGGCAAGGAUAUUAGUGUAGCGGUUCUAUCCUUUUUUGCUUCUGGUCGCAUACUGCAUAGCUUCAAUCACACGUGCAUCACUCUCAUGCCCAAGGUCCCCAAUGCAGAUUCGAUGAAUCAACUUCGGCCAAUAAGUUUAUGUCAGGGUUUUUAUAAAAUUAUAGCCAAGAUUCUUGUUGGUCGUCUUAGUGUGAUUUUUCCUAACCUGGUAAGCUUGAAUCAAAAUGGAUUUGUUCAUGGUCGUUCUAUUACUGAUAACAUCUUAAUUGGACAAGAAGUCAUGCACUUUCUUAAAACAAAGGUACAGGGUCGUGACAAGUGGAUGGCGUUGAAACUCGAUAGGGUCGUUACUCGAAUUCUUCUGUUGGAGGGUGGUGCAAGGCUUCUUACUGGUGCGAGCAGUUCUACACUAUAAGCGGUUGGUGGACGACAACACUUGCCCAAUCUGUAGCAACGACAGUGAGAGCAUUUUCCACUCCUUCCUUCACUGCCGGGUUGUCGUCGAGUUGUGGGACCUAGCUGGCUUAGGCCUUGUUCAUACAAGGUUAGCGUCUCUUCCCCAUGCAGAUUGUUGGAGUACACUGUUCUUUAAUUGUCAUCUUUCUACGUUGUUGGGCGAUCCAUAAGCGCAUACAAUAUAGGGGACCAACUCUAUUGCGACAGAUACGCGUUAAAGUGGACGAAUGACACGCGGCAACUACGCCGCUCACACUGCACAGAGGACCUCGCCUUCGGAAUGGUCAAGAACCCAACUCGGGAAUGGGCUCUCGAUCUCAGCAAGAUGGCACUUGUCCGGCGGGAGGAAUCCUUGUCCGAGUUGACGGGGCAUGGCGGCAGGGAUCAGGAGGCGCAGUCGGGUUCGCCGGCUUUUCAGAAAAUGGCGCUUUGCUAUUUGCCUUCGGCAAACAUUACCCAGUUAUCGUUGACCCCUUCAUUAUGAAAUUGUUGGCUUUACACGAUGCAAUCAAUUGGUGCCUAGCACAUGGUUUUGUUGUGGCAAACUUCUGUGGGGAUUGUCAAACGUUGAUUCGGAACGUUAGUGAGCGGGAGGUCGCGCAUAGCUGUGGAGGCGCAAUUUAGAGGAGGUCCGAGUGGCCAUUUCCUCCUUUUCAAUUUUUUCUUGUACUUAUACUACUAGUAGGUACAACAAGGUUGUCCAUCUAGUGGCACAAAAUGCCAUUUUAUCGGCAGUUCGACUAUUUAUCGACUUUCUAUUGAAGCUCAUUAUCGGUGACAAAUUCAACUUCGUAUAAUUACAAAGAAAUAGAUAAGCUACCACUUGUAAAGAGAGAGAGAGAGUGAGAUACGCAAAGCAAGUGAAUGGGGUGAACACCAACGAACUUCACUAUUACUGUUACAUAAUCGAUCCCCCACAGGGCAACUCUCGCCGGCGCCGGAACUUAUGCAGAAGAGGGUAUUUGCAUGCAGCAGCAAUAGCAUCGGAGUGGCGCUUUGAUUUCAUUGUGAAUGUGUUCUUUCCAUACACAGUCCCGCCUCCAUCAUUUCCAUAUAUGCCCCUCGCAUUUGGAGAAGAAUCAAUAGAUUAGCGGAUUGCAUAAGACACCAUCUUCGGAAAAGUAAAGUAAGUAACAAUCAAUCGUCGGCAAAAAUGUACAAAGCUCUUUCUGAACAAAACGUUGGGUUAAGAAAAAUGAAUGACAACACAAUAAAAUAGAAGAAAAUGUCGUGUUAUACGUUCUGGUCUUGUAUGCCUAUGAUUUGUAUCGUCAAGUUGGGAGUUGUUCGAAAAUUAGUUAAUCUACCCCCUUUUUCAUUAUACAUUGUAUUUCACCAUUUUUAAUUUUUAUACAUCAUUUUAAAACAUUAUCAUGAUAUGGUGCAACGGUAAGUUAAGAAUCUGGUAAUGCUACCAUAAUACCUCCAAAUUAUGUGAAAUGUUCUUUUAGGGAGUUGCUAAAGGUCACUCUUAAAAUUGCUAAAUGUCGCCCUAAAAAACAUCAAAGUUACAAAUUUAACCUUUUAGCUUCUUUACUCUUCCUUUAGCAAACAAACACCACUUAGUAAAGAAAAUAAAACAUUAUUCAAAAGAGAGAAUCCAUCAUCGUCAUUCUGGAGUUGGAAUCGUCGAUAUGAUGUCUGGAUCAUGACUAGCGACUCUGAAUCGGUAAAGUUCACUCAAAAAUUGAAAAAAACAAAAAACAAAAAAAAGGGAACCGUAACUCAUUUGCGGUUGCACCAUGGGCCAACCACAGCUCACCUGCGGUUGCACCAUGGGCCAACCGCAACUCACUUGCGAUUGGUCCAUGGUGCAACCGCAAAUGAGCUGCGGUUGGUCCAUGGUGCAACCGCAGCUCACUUGCAGUUGCACCAUGGACCAACCGCAAGUGAGUUGCGGUUGCACCAUGGACCAAACGUAACUUGCCUUAGGUUGAGCGUUUUUUUGGAAAUUUCGUUAGAGAACGGGCGACGACGGCGGGAAAGACGCCGACGAACUGGUGCGUCGAGAAGGAUUCGCGAAGAAGGCAUAUGAGGGGUUCAGUUUGAGGGGUUAGGGAUUGUUUGGUUUGUUUGAAUUUUGAAAUUUUAUCGGGGAUAUAUAAGUCAUUUAUCAUUAGAGUUAGGACGACCGUUAGCAAUUUUAAGAGCGACAUUUGGCAAUUCAGUUCUUUUAUAGGGGUGAAUGGUGAUAUAAAUUUGAUUUUUUUAUUUUGUUGUUAUUUUUUUUUUAAUUUAGUUUAUUGUGAAGGCAUGAAGGGGGAUUGUUUUCCUUUUAAGGUGGACGUGCAUGAACAAAGGCAAGGGUUGGGU